AUGCCAGAAUUUGCUUCUACAGCUAAAGUUACUGCAACUAGAGGUUAUGGUGCAGAAGUUGUUCUUCAUGGUAAAGUAUUUGAUGAAUCAUUAGCUUAUGCUAUGCAAUUAUGUAAAGAAGAAGGUAAAACAUUUGUCCAUCCAUUCAAUGAUCCAUGGGUUAUGGCUGGUCAAGGAACAAUUGCUCUUGAGAUUCUUGAACAAUUAGAAAAAUGUGAUGUUAUCAUUGGAGCUAUUGGAGGAGGAGGACUUAUGUCUGGAGUUGCUUUUGCUGCUAAACAAAUUAAACCAGAAAUUAGAAUUAUUGGAGUUCAAGCAGCUGAAUGUCCAUCAAUGGCAGUUUCUAAAGCAGAACAUAAGAUUUGUUGUGUUAAGACAGCAAAAACUAUGGCUGAUGGUAUUGCUGUCAAAGCACCUGGUGAUAAGACAGCACCAGUUUUAUUGAAAUAUGUUGAUGAAAUUGUUACUGUUGAUGAAGAGAGUAUUGCACAAGCUAUGUUAUUGAUGUUAGAAAGAUGUAAAAUAGUAAGUGAAGGAUCUGGAGCUACUCCAGUAGCUGCAUUAUUAUCUGGAAAGAUUAAAGGACUUACUGAAGAUACAAAUGUUGUGUGUAUUGUUUCAGGAGGAAAUCUUGAUGUUAAUGUUAUCAAUAAAGUUAUUGAAAGAGGUCUUGUUAAGGCAGGAAGAAAAGUUGAAUUUACUGUUGAAAUUGCAGAUGUUCCAGGUGCUAUUAAGGAUCUUCUUGCUCAUAUUACUGAAGAAAAAGCAACUGUUGUUGGU